AUCGAUUUUGCCACGAGUCGAGCUCGCCGAUUUCCGUCCUCCGAUUUCUCGUGCCAUGGGGCAAUGUGGAAGUUGCAAGAACUGCGUCGAGGGAUGUUUACCCACCUCAUGGAGGAUGCAGCAAUACCAGAGUCAGCGGGAAGAUUUUGAGAACCGCGUGAAGUUCCUUGAAACUGUCCCGUUGCUGGCCAACCAACUGCCCCGGGCUGACUUGCCCACCUUGGCAGCUGCAUUGGUGGAGAAGAGGUGGAAACCCGGCGAGUUCCUCGCGAAGCAGGGCGACGUGGGCCGUGAGCUGAAUAUUUUGAAGAGCGGGACCUGCGCCGUGCUGAGGAAGAGCAGUGAUGAUGACACUUCUCCACGAGAGGAAAGGAACGAGGAGCAGCGCAUCGCGACCUUGCACAUGGGUGACUGGAGUGGUGGCCAAGCCUUGGCGGAGACCCGCACCUUCCGCGCCUCGGUGGUGGCCGAGGAGCCGGGCGUGGUGACGCUCUCCAUCUCACGUGAAGGCUUCGAGGCGCUGGGGCUCCAUCAGCGUCUCCACUUCCCUCGGCGCAACGCGAUGUACGAAGGCCGUGCCAAGAAGGCAGGUAAUGUGGUGAAGCGUAUGCCUGGCCUGGAGCACGUCGCAGGGAAGCUGACCGAGGAUGAGGUCUCCUUCAUUGUUAGGUCCCUCAGUCGAAACGCCAACCUGCGGUCCGCCAUGGACAUGGCCAAGAGUCAAGACCUCUUGCGGGAGCUGGCCACCAAAGCCACCCGCCUCCGUGCGCCAAUGAAGCAGAUUGUGGUGGAAGGUGGCAGCGCCGCUGAGGAGGGCCGACUGAGUGAAGGGCGCAAGCUGCGGGGGUCGAAGCCACAGUCCCCACCGGACUUCUUCGUGGUUUGCAGUGGGAUGGCAGAGAUCCUCCCGUCCAACCUGAGGGGCAGCCGACGAGGUUCUGGAGCAGAGGAGAUGGUUGAUGCCACCUCCCUUUCGAACAAGUUGAUCAAGAGAGCUGCUAUCGUUCAGGACCUCCUUCGUGCAGAUCAUGGCACGCCUGUCCUUAAUGGGUCCAAAGGAGGCCUCGGGCGGCGGAAGAAAGGAGGCUCGAUGGUCUACUUAGACUCAGGUCUGGAAGAGACCGUGACCAAGCAGCUCUCCAGACCCAAAGAGGACAUGAAGCGCUUCCGCAUCCAGACGAUGCACGUCUCGGGGGAGCAGCUGCUUUAUGUGGGUGAACAGGUGCGAGAGAUCCCGCGGCCGUCUCGCUUGGGGCUCCUGGCUUUUAAAGAGACUCAGGAGAUGAAUGAGGUGGGCCGCGUCCAGGCCGUAUUGGACCGUUCUCGCGUGAUGGUGAGCUUUCCGUCGAAGGGCACACACAUCUACAGGUCUUGCGAUUUGCAGCUGGCCAAAGGUGAGUCAGCUGUGCAGUUGAAAGCUGGAGAUGUCUUUGGGGAGAUCUCCCUGCUGUGUAACACCCGGCACUUGGCCACCUUCCGGUCGGCGGCCGAGCACGACUGCAUCUUGUAUGCCAUCAACCGAUCGGACUUCAAAGAGUGCUUUGCCAGGACAGCAGUAAAGGAGCAGAUGGAGAAAUGGUGCGCGGUCCUGGCGGAAGUGCGCAUCCUUUGUUCCUUGCUCGGCUCAGAAAGGCGCGAGCUCGCGAGGAAUGCCACAGGGGAGAUGUCCUUCAAAGCGGGACACGUCAUCCUCCAAGAAGGCCGAGAGCGUCAAACGCCUCAGUGGUACAUCGUGAUGAGCGGAAGCGCAUUGGUGUCCAAAGCCGGGAAACGGCUGCGGACCCUGCGGCGGGGCGACUACUUCGGAGAGCGCUCGGCGUGGCGGAAGGACCGCAGCAACCCGUCCACGGUCACAGCAGGCGCGGAUAGCCUGCAGUGCCUCUGCAUCGACUUGGAGCUCUUGGCCUCCUUUGGCCUGGAAUCCUUCGGUGGCCUCGAACGGGUCGACCAGGAUGUAUGCAGUUUGAAGCCAACUGGUUGGCAGGAGCGCUAUGCUGUGGACAUGACACGCUUGGUGUCCAAGAAGGUCCUUGGCGAGGGUGCCUUCGGCAAGGUCUUUCUGCAAGAAGAUCGACAAACGGGGGAGAAGUAUGCCCUGAAGCAAAUCUCGAAAAGAGGCAUCCGCUUGACGGGGGUCGAGCUCCACAUCCGAAAUGAACGAAAUCUGCACGCCAUGGUGGAUAGCCCUUUUAUAGUACACCUGCAUGCAUCUUACCGAGAUGCUCUUUUUGUGUACAUGUUGAUUGAAGCCGCCGAAGGCGGCUGCCUGGAGGACGUGAUCUGCGCCAGCCGCAGCGCACGUGGGAGUUCCAUGCGUCGCUGGGCACAGGAUGUGAUGUUUUACUUGGCGUGUAUCAUCGAGGGUCUGGGCCAUUUGCACGAGCGGAAGAUUGCGCAUCGAGAUUUAAAACCUGGCAACGUGUUGCUGGAUGACAGGGGCUAUGCAAAGAUUUGUGACCUUGGCUUCGCACGCUUCGUGUUGAAAAAGACCUACACCUUCCUGGGCACUCCAGAAUAUAUGGCUCCGGAGAUCUUGGACUUUCCACACGAGCAUGAUGAGAAGGUCGACUGGUGGGCCUUGGGUGUUCUCACCUUCGAGCUCUUGUCGGGGCAGACGCCCUGGCUUGGGGGCGACAACUUAGCCAACGCGCCCUUCACCGUGCGCCGUGGGCAGCAGGCCAAACCGCUACCUCAGCGCGACCUGCCAGCAGACACUCCUCAGGCGGCCAUUGCCUUCACGAUUGGACUACUCAGUCCCAGCAGUGACAAGCGGCUGGGCAGCUCUGGAAGCAGCCAAGUGCGUCAGCAUCGAUGGUUCCAGGAAGAGGAGUUCGAGUUCGAGGCUUUGAGAAAUGGCACACUGCUGCCGCCGCAUCAAAAAUAUGAAAGGAGAAGCUCCAAGUCCGUCACAGAGACCAGGAUGAUGGGUCUGCAAGCUCCGCCGCCACCUGUGACGGCGGAAGAGCACCUGGUGCAACUGGACUCCCACGACUCCGACGAGGUGUUUAAGCCCAUCCCGGAGGAGGAGUUCUUUUGGACCAAUGUCGUGAUGGUGGAUGGGGAGAUUUCCAAAUCUGAUGGCAAGAACAGAUGUUACGAUGGCUACUCCACUUCCAUGAUGGACACUGUGGUGCGCAUCGCCUGCGCUCCAAAGACGCUCACUGGAGGGGCUUGCUUCGGCUUGACCAGGGAAGCCACAGAUGACCAUUCCUUCCCGAACGGCUUCUGGAUCGGCAUGUCUGCCACCCUGGCCAGUGGUAGUUGUCGUCAGCAGGGUGAGAACGGCUUUUUGCUCUCCCCGGACACAGCGGCCACACUGGCAAUUGAUGAAGGAGAAGCCCUAGUUUUCAAGGAGGGCGAGGUGGUGCAUAACUUUGGUCGUGUCGAGAAGACGUCUUUAUUUGGCAAGGUCUUCCUCAGCAACGUGGGGGACACUGCCGAUUUUUGCUGCUACAUGGAGGUCCCCGAUGAUGGUAGCCGUUGGGAUGAUGCCUUUGCAGCCUAACAAGUGAGCACGACUCAGCUCUCCCGAAUGGGACUGCUUCAGAUAGCUGCUGUACAACUUCCCUUUGCAGUCGAGACCGUGAUCGU